UUAAACAAAGUUAAAUCUAUAUUCCCUCUUAAUUAAUUAUAUUCACUUAGAAUUGACACUAUCAAUAACUACUAUUCAGAAUUGGUGCCUAAUUCAAAAUCAGUAUUUUAUUAUUCAAAAUUGAUGUCUUAAUUUAAUGAUAAGAUUAAGCCCAUUCUUGUAAUGGAUACCACUAAUAAAAAUAAAGUAAUUACUGAUCAAAUAAAAAUUGAGAAUAUUUUAGUUUAACAAUUUUCUAUUCGGGAGUUUUUCUCCAUACCGACAGAUUAUGACAUUUUUAAAGUGGACAGCAACAGCACAAAAAAAAAAAAAAAAAGGUAAAACCAUUUUAUAAUUCGUCAACGGAUACAAAAAGGAAAAAAAGGAAAAAAUGGUUUUCCAACUAACCACCUCAAAAAAAGACUCAUUCUACUAUCCGAGAAGAAGCGCCUUCUUUGCUUUUGCUGCUAACUAGAAGACAAAUAACUCUAACGGCUGCCAAGUAACAUGUCGUUUCACAAUCCUGAAAAACACAAUCCAAAUCUAACUAACUUACUUCUCUCUGUAAGCAAUCAAACACUAAUGUACUUGUUAUAGUUUUCAGUUUGUUUUUAAACGGGAUAUUCGAUAUGAUGAACGAAUCAAACCAAACGGCGACCGAUAUUCCGUCCGGUUUGAAUCGGAUUAAGACGCGCCGAGUUCAAAAUCCGGACGAUGAAUACGUAACUUCACGGCCUCCUCUGAAGGGAAAGCAAAAGCAGAAUAGCAUAUCUCAAAGACAAAGGACAUUAAAAGGAGAAGAAUUCCAUAAAGGAAAGAAGAUAACUCGAUGGCUCGCUUCAUAUUUUUCCAAGGGUACCAGCCAAGUUACUGCUGAUGUUUCUUCAAAUAUUGAGAAGAGGAGCUUGGAACAUAAGACACUUGACAAAUUUGAGCAGAGACGAAUAAAAUUUGUCAAUGGGGAGAAUCAUCUUGAUGGAAAUCAGCCUUCUGUGGAGAUCUUAAGCCAGAGUAAAGCGUCAAAAGGCUUAAAAAGCUUUUCACAUGAAUUAGGACCAAGGGGUGGCAUCCCACCUGCUCAGCCUCGGGCUCAUAGUUAUAGCGAUUUGAAGGAACUACUGGGUUCAUUUCAUUCAAGAUUUGAUGCUGCUAAAGAAGUGGUGAAUGCAGAACUGGCCAGUUUUGCAAGGGAUGCCAUGGAUGUCCUUGAGAUUAUUGACUCUUCAUUGCAAGAAGAGUUGAAAAUGGCAGAGGAUCUUCUUAUUCUUGCUCAACUGUGUAUGGAGAUGGCCUGCUCUCAGUUCCGUCUCAAGUGUGAAAUCAUUGUUCAAGAUCUGACUGAGAAAAGGCUACAGUGUCAAACAGGACUUGUAAAGUGGCUAUAUACUCGCAUGCUUUUUAUAUUGACACGCUGCACUAGACUUUUGCAGUUUCAGAAAGACACUGAACCUAUUGAUGAGAAAUCACUUCGUAAAUUAAAAAAAUGCUUAGAAAGUGUUCCUUCUGUUGACAUGAGCUGGGUUGCCAAUCAUGUGAUUGAUGAUACAGAUCUAGAUGAUGCUUUAAAUCAGAAAGGUGAUAUCAAACGAAAGUUGCAAGGACAGAAUAAUUUAUCUUCUCUUCCUGAAGCAGUGUGUUGUGGUUCUCAAGAGUCAGAUGAUCAGAGUGGAGUAACUUCAGGGAAGGAUUCUCUGGAUUUUGAACAAAAGUUAUCAUGUCAGAAGUCCAGAAAUGAGUCCCUUUUUGAAGUGCGUCAGUUUUGUGAAACUGAUAAAAGUGCCAUAAGCAAUUCAGUGAACAAUUCCAGUUGUUCACUUCAUGAUCAGGAAAAAUUCUUAGAUGAUUCUCUUCAAGAACAGGAACGAGUUUUAGAUGGAUCUGAUUUGGUGAUUUGUAGAAUAUGUGAAGAAAUUGUUCCUAUUUCUCAUUUAGAAUCGCAUUCUUAUAUAUGUGCAUAUGCAGAUAAGUGUGACUUAAAUUGUCUAGAUGUAGACGAACGCCUUUCAAACCUUGCCGAGAUGUUGGAACAGAUUGUAGAGUCCCGUAAUAUGAAUGUCCAUCAAUCACAUGGCAGUCCUGAAAAUUCAAGACCCCAAAAUGCAAAUUCUGCCACAACUGAAGCUUGCUCUCCUAAGAUAAGUGAAUGGCGAAAUAAAGGCGUGGAAGGAAUGUUUGAGGACAUACAUGAGAUGGAUACGGCCUUCAUUGAUGAUUCUCACCUACCCCCUGUUAAUUUAAAGGGCCAUCUGGGUAUGAAAUUAUGCAAUUAUGGUGCACCUUCCUCAACUGGGAGCAUGACAUCGCUUUCCUCUACAAAUACCCCUAAAGCUGGCCAUUUUGAUUCCUUCUGGUUGGAGCACAAUAAUCCUUCGGAGCUAGAGGAUGUUCCACAGAUGAUUAACCUUGCAGACAUAGCCCGCUCUGUGGCAAAUACAGAUCUCUCAAAGGAAGGAUCAUAUGAGUUCUUGCUUGCUUGUAUGCAAGAUCUGCAGGAUGUUUUACAGCAUAGCAAGCUCAAAGCUCUUGUAAUAGACACCUUUGGGGGUCGGAUAGAGAAACUUCUGCGGGAAAAAUAUUUACUUGCUUGUGACAUAACAGAUGCUAAGAGUCCUAAAAGUGACAGCAAGCUUAAGGAAAAUUCUAGACUUCUGUUGGAUAAUGCAUCUCAAAGUAGUGCUAUGUCAACUCCUGUACAUUCAUCACAUAAAGAGAGGACAAGCAUUGAUGAUUUUGAAAUCAUCAAACCAAUUAGUAGAGGUGCAUUCGGAAAAGUCUUUCUUGCACGGAAACGGAUAACAGGAGAUUUGUUUGCAAUAAAGGUGCUCAAGAAACUGGAUAUGUUGCGCAAGAAUGAUGUUCAGCGCAUUUUAGCAGAGCGCAACAUACUAAUAACAGUUCGAAACCCAUUUGUGGUUCGAUUUUUUUAUUCCUUCACCUGCAGGGAUAACCUCUAUUUGGUUAUGGAAUAUCUCAAUGGAGGUGAUCUAUACUCUUUGCUGAGAAAAGUUGGUUGCCUUGAGGAAGAUGUAGCUCGUAUAUAUAUUGCGGAACUGGUACUUGCUUUAGAAUAUCUCCAUUCUCUUGGGAUUGUGCAUCGGGAUCUGAAACCAGACAAUAUAUUGAUUGCACAUGAUGGGCACAUCAAGCUCACAGACUUCGGGCUAUCGAAAAUUGGCCUUAUAAAUAGCACCAUGGAUUUAGCAGGACCGGAGACAAAUGAAGAUGAAGUCUCAGAUGCUCAUAAUCCACACAUACAAACAGAAGAAACAAAUCGGCAGUCAGCUGUUGGAACACCUGACUAUCUGGCUCCUGAAAUUCUUCUUGGGACUGAACAUGGUUAUGCUGCUGAUUGGUGGUCCGUGGGGAUAAUCUUAUUUGAACUUAUAACUGGAAUUCCUCCCUUCACUGCUGAACGGCCUGAGAUAAUUUUCGACAACAUUCUGAAUAGGAAAAUCCCCUGGCCUCCUGUCCCAGAGAGCAUGUCUUAUGAAGCCCACGACCUGAUUAACAGGUUGAUUACUCACGAUCCAGAUCAACGCUUAGGAUCAAAUGGAUCAGCAGAGGUUAAAUCAUAUCCUUUUUUCAGAGGAAUAGAUUGGGAUAACCUUGCAUUGCAGAAGGCUGUCUUUGUACCAAGCCCGGACAGUGCAGAUGAUACUAGCUACUUUGUGUCGCGUUUCUCUCAAAUGUCUAGUGGAAUGCCAAAUGAUUGUAGCAGUAGCCAUUCAGAUACUGAUGCUUACGACUCAUCCCCGAAUUCUGGAGUAGAGAUGGAUGAAUGUGGUGAUCUGGCAGAGUUUGAUUCUUCUCCGCUUAAUCUCUCCUUGAUUAAUUUUUCUUUCAAGAAUCUAUCACAGUUGGCGUCUAUUAACCAUGAUGUGUACUUACAAACUGGGAAGGAUUCAGCAAAGAAUUCUCCAUCUAGAGCUCCAAACAGGUAGUUCUUUUAUUAGUCAUCAGACCUCGUUGAUAGGUAAUUUGUUUAUAAUUUUUAGGUGGUAGAGAAGUUAGAAUAGGAAAGGAUGAAUAUCCCCGCAAGGCGAGAGACACAGAGAUAGAGAGCCGAGAUUUUUCUUUUCCUCUAAUUUUUUUUUUUUUUAAUCCUUUUAGAGGUCAUAAUCAUGAUCAUGUAAUUAAAUAAUAAAAUGCUUUUCUUUGUAAAGAAACAAUAAAAUCAAAGGAAAAGUAGAAUAUCCUUUUUCA